AUGAAGGUUAAUUCAAAAGUAUUCUUAUUUAUAUAUUUUAUGAUUUUUUUAGAAGGUUAUUUUUCUCUAUUUUUGUUUAGCACAAGUGUUUUUCCCAGGGAAUUCACUAAAGCUGUAGAAAAACAUCUAAGAGAGGAUUAUGGAGAUAGGGAUGUUGCCGUUUUUAGUGAUGUAUUUCUAAGUCCUUCUGAAGAAGAAGAUUUAAAAGUUUCUAUGAAAAAAUACGCAGGAUCACAUUUUAUUGAAGAAUAUGAGAACUUAAUGGACGAAAACACGACAGAUUCAAAAAAAAUUCUAGCGAAAUCAAUGAUAAAUUUAAUUAAGCAGCAAUUUAUUAAAUUAAAAGAGAUAGAAACACGAUAUGUUAAACCUAAUUUUGAGCAAUUUAAGCAAGUUACAGAAUUAAAACCUGAAAUUUCAGAUUUAAGAGCAGAUACGCCGUGUAAUACAGAAGCCGAAUGUAAAAAAUUAGAGAAUAUGAUGAAUAUUUGCACAUAUAUCAGAGGGGGGGCUGAUUUUGCAUAUGAUAUUUUUUUAGUAACAACUCAUGUUGUUACUAGUAUGAUGGCAGUGUUAUGUGCUUGUAUUUUUAUUGGACCUGUACAUGUCUGCGCUUUAAAAAAUUUUCCGUAUACGUGCAAAUUACCUUAUCCUGUUUUUUCAACCUUAUUUAUGGCAACUUCAGCAGUUUGGGAAGUGGUAAAAGCUACUACAGUGUUAUGUAGAGUGUAUGGAGAUUUAUCAGUUAUGUCAAAAAUGUCAUGA